UAAGUACAUAAUCAUAGAGGGCUAAUGAACCAAUCGAAUCGCUGAACAGUGUGGUCGAAUCGUUUGGUUUGUUAAAACAGAAAAUCUUUUCUAUUCUUAAAACUUAACUUAUCUUGCUGAAAUUUCUCGUUUAUUAAUCGAAUAUCGGAUAUCUACGAAAUGUAUAACCUUCGCAUCACUACUUUUGUUUGAUUGUGUAUGUGAACGCAUUUCACGAAGUCGGUGUCGUUUCUAACCAACAUCUAGGUACUUCAAGUUAUUUUCACUAGAAAAACGAAUGUACGCCACUUCCAUCGUUACGUUUAAAAAGAUUUUUCAGUUCGUCAAAAACGACAGUAGCGUUAGUAAGAAAUAGCCGUGUUAUGUCUCAGAAUGUGUUUUCCUUCUAAUAAUAUCAAUAGAACGUUCAUUUGAGGACGUUACAUUUGAUUAAUGGGUGCAUCGCAUGCGACGAAGAUUACAGAAAAAAUGGAGAAAUCUCAAAAUUCCAACAAACAAGGAAAUUUGGUGGCUCAAUCGCAUGCAAGUAGCAGUGCAAGACCACUGUCAAUUGAAGGCCCUUCAAACACAAAUAAUACCGAUAUGCAAAUGUUAACGGCAACGUCAAAUCAACCCAGACAGCCAAGAAAUUUGCAGGGUUUAUUGAGAUAUGCUAUGGAAGCAACAAAUUCUCAAGAUUCUCUUAAUAGUACUCAAUUGAAUCCAAUGGACAAAGAAAGACAACAAUUUUUAAGAGAGGCAAUUUCUUCUUUGUCGUGUAAUGUUAUAGAAGAAUUACAGAAAAGCAUUAAAACUUUAUCCAAUGUUGUUGACCUUCGUCCAGACGAUGAUACUUCGCAACAAGAAGCUGCUUUAGAAAGAAUCUCAGAUUAUGUGGAUAAUAUAGAUGUUGCGAAUGAUUUCUAUAAAAUUGGAGGUUUCUCAAUUUUUGGUCCAUGUUUAAAUUCUCCACAUAGCAGCAUCAGAUGGAGAGCAGCAGAUGUAAUAGCUGAAUUAGCUCAGAAUAAUCCCUUUUGCCAAGACAAAUUUUUAGAAACUGGUUUAUUUCCUGUAUUGUUGAAUAUGGUAGACACAGAUCCUGCGGAAACUGCCAGGAUCAAAGCUUUGUAUGCUGUAUCUUGCAUAGUUCGUGAACAUCCACUGUCCCUGAAAUACAUGGAUAUAAAUGAUGGAUACUCUGUACUUUUGAGAGCUAUGCAAAGUUCCGUGAAAAAGCUACAGAUUAAAUCUACUUUCCUUCUAUGUUCUCUUUGUAAUGAGGAAAAUAUGAAUGAUCUGAAACUUAUGCUAAUUAAUAUGGGUUUAGUAGAACAAGCAACUGGGUCAUUAGCCACCAGUGAACUACUUCCAGAAAUUAGGGACCAGUUGUUGAAUAUUCUCGAUGGUUUGACCAAAAAUGAUUUUCUCCCAGCCUUAAAUGAAUGUAGGCGUCCAGAACUUCGUUUACAGUCCACACUGAAACGUGCUAUAAAGGAUCUAGAACAGGAAGAGAAUCUGGAUCAGGUAGAGGUGUGCUACCGGUUAUUAAACAAAUUAUUCCCCGAACAUGAUACAAGUCAAGAGAGAUAAUCGGUGUUCAAUGAUAUUGGAAAUUUCUUUUUAUGUGUAUUAAGUUUGUACAUUACUGGAUAUUGGUGUUAAUAAAGAAACUUAAAUAUAUUUUAUAUAUUAUGUA